AUGACCGUCGACGACAGCGAAAUGCAAAAGUUGUGGAAGCUGACCAACGAGCUCACAGCCCAGCUGAUCUUCAACAGGAACGUGACCCUCGAGCUUAAGCAGCAGCUGGCCGAUUUACAAGUGAAGACCUCGGGCAAGGCACCCAUCGUUGCUGCUGGUUAUGGCUAUGGCGACUAUAAUCUGGCCGAUUACAGGCUGAGGAUAGCGAACGAGCGUCUAAGAGAGGAAAACCAGCAGCUACAGGAUCAAUUGCGCGAAUAUGAACGCUGGAUGGAGUAUAUCAUGGGCAAGUUUCGUCUGCAGAACUUUGCGAUGGCGCAAAGCAGGAAAGAAUCGAUGCAGGAGGCCUACAAGAUGGCUGAACAAGGCGGCGAGGCUGCCAUGAGGCUCCAGGAAGAAAAUACCGCGCUCCACAUGCGAAUCUCCGACUUGGGUGCGGUUGCUCGCAAGGCCAUCCACGAGGAGUACUACACGACCGAGUCGUUGAUUGAAUCUCUCGAGGCCGAGAACCGAGGCCUGCGCGAGAUGUUGGGCGUUGCUGAGGGGCGUCAUGGGGCCAUAACAGGACGAAUCCAUUUCCACCACGAGGAAGAAGACGAUGAGGUGCGUCGUGUUUCCAACCGUGUGUCGUUCCCCAGCACAGGUAGCACAGGUUCCUGGAAUAUGGCCUCGGGCGAAAGUGACCAUGAGAUGGCUGCAGCUGAGGAGCCGUUAUCGCCAAGGCAGCUGAUGAUGCGACAGCAACUUCAGCAGCAGCAAGAGCAGGGUUUCUUGAUUCAGGCACCUGUCCCCUUAUCGGUCUACACAGGUUUCCACUCUCCAACAACAGCAUCAUCUUUCGCCUCAUCUGUUCCCACCUCGCCCCGAUCCGUGUCUUCGUUUUCGUCCACAUCAACGACAACACCGACAUCGCCCUCCUCAGGACUGAGAUCGCCCGGGCUGUUGGAUUCGACGGAGCAAUUCAACUCGAUCUCACCACCUCUGGAUGAUGCAGCGACAGGACAUGGGGAUAUAAAGCAGAAGGGGCACCGCGGCAAGAUCACCAUCAACACGAACUUGGGUUUCUCCAAAGCUAGCAGAACAUCUUAG